AUGGUUGAUACAAGACGUACAAGGAACAAUACCACCAUGACGGGUCCCAACCCUCCAUCUCAUGACACCAUGGUGGAGAACUUGCUACUACCGCAAGGAAUUGCAGCAGAUUCCGCUUCAAAGCCACCUCCUGUGGAGGCCGGCACCUUGCAACUUCCAACUGCAACGGCUGGAGCCACUCAACCACACCUUGCUGGAACCGCAUCACUGCACGGCCUCAUGACCUCCUCCUCCACCUUGCAGCUGCAAACGUUGGUUGCUGAAGUUGCAGCGUAA